CAUCGCAAGUUCCGACGAUGAAGUUCCUGGCUGUCUGCAUUUUCCUGAUCUUCGCCCUGGUGGCCGUUCAGGCCCAUCCUGGCCAUGGUAACCGUGGUGGACCCGGUGGAUCCUUCGGUGGACAGGGUGGACACGGUGGACCCGGUGGAUCCUUCGGUGGACAGGGUGGCGGUGGUGGCAGCGCCACUGCCACUGCCAACGCCAGUGCCGAUGCCAAAAGCCAAGGAGGCGGCCCAGCCUCAGCCACCGCCAACGCAAACGCCGUCGCCACUUCCCAGGGAAACCGAGGAUAGAUCCAAAACCAAGGCAGAAGUGAACCCUAAACAAUCAAAACUACCUCAAAAAGUGGGCACGGCGCCAGACGGGCCUCCUGAUAUGAAGCGACCCCGAUUAAUAUAUUAAUAUGCUAAAUUUGCUUCUCGGAAA